GAUGACCAUAAAGGAAAAUAAACAGAAAGCACAUGGAGCAGCAGUGACACAGACAGAGGAGCAGGAUGGGAGGAUGCAUUAGCUCUGAGACUGAAGGUCUUUCGUUCCACCCUUUCACCAAGGGAUCCCAUAUAAGCCUGAACAGCUGCUUGCACCAAGCAGAACGCCAGCAGAGCUUCCACCAUGGCAUCGUCUUCUCCAACCGACCCCUGCGCUCCAAGGAAAAACUGAGGAUCCGGGUGCUCAAGGAAGAGAUGCGCUGGCACGGGGCCCUGCGGAUUGGCUUCACUUCUGUGGAUCCCAGCACCCUGGAACCCUGUUGUCUACCACCUUUUGCGUGUCCUGAUCUCACAAAUCGCCCUAGGUUCUGGGGGGGCGGUAUUCCCGAGGAGUUGUGCCAGGCGGGGGCACUUCUAAAAUUCUGGCUCAGCAGGGAUGGAAAAGUAUUCUGUCAGCAAGAUGGGGAGCCUUGUGCAAGAGUCCUGUUCUCAGGAAUCCCUAAGAAUAAAAAGCUCUGGGCCAUGCUGGAUGUCUAUGGGAAGACAAAAGCUAUUCAAGUCGUGGGUGGUCCCAGUGGAAAGAAUCAAAUGUUGUCAUGUCAGUGCCAGAUAAACAAAGAUGCCCAACAUCUUGAAAAUGGGCACAGUGAGGAAGAGAUCACAGAGCAGGUUGUGAUACCCGCUGCCAACCUGAAUAGCUGCACUGACACCAGCGCUUGGCAUUCACAGAAGAAUUUCCAUAUAUUCUUGGGCGAUGAUCCCAGCUGUGUGAUCUGCCAGGACAAGAUGGCCGACACCUUGCUGCUGCCCUGUGGACAUUGCAAUUUCUGCCAACACUGCAUUGAGCAGUUACAGGGACACAGUCAGAGUUGCCCUCUUUGUCGCCAAACAAUUCACAGUGCCCAGUCUAUUGGAUGCGGGAAUUCUAUCCCUAACCCAAUAACCUGACACUUCGAUGGCGCUAAGAAUUGAUGCAGCAUUUUAAUGCGGCUCCACUAUAUGCAUUUUCUGCAACAGGAGGGCACACAAACCAUGUUCCCGGCCUGGCCAAUUGCUGUACAAUGUGACACCGCACUAGAAAUGGAGUAACGGAAGUCUAAUAGUCAUGAAAGAUUUUGAUUGGGUAAAAAGUACCAUCAUUAGAGUGUAAUCAGUGCAAUAUCAGGGAAUGUAAAGCAGACACUCAGGGAAACCAGCCAAUCGGUAGGAGCAUCCCAGGCUGGACCUUUUUUUUUAUACUUACAAUUAAUAUAUUGGAUAUUGGAUGGGACAAAACUGGAUUAUAGCAGUAGUUAUACAGCCCUGCGGGACUCCAUGCUGGAAUUAGUUAAUCAGGAGUGUGCAACCCGCAACUGAUAAGAUACAAUUCCCAGCUCCCACUGACACAUAUACUGGAAUAAUCAAAAGCAAACUUCCUAUAUAUUGCAUAAAACAACCAAUGCAACUAGUAACCCUUUAAAGGGAACUAUCCAGAAUUCUAUAGAGUAUAAUGUACCCCCCCUAUUGUAAAAUAUAAAGAAAUUACAAGUUACCAGGGAAUUCCAUGAUCAUAUAAAGGCACAAGGUCAAA